AUGGAUAUCACUGAGCCCUCACGUAAGGGCGCCGCACACCCCACAACCUCCAAGUCAGCCCGAGGAGUGAGUUUGAGCAUAAAUCAAGCCCCAAAUGCCAUUCGACAGCUCAUCCACCGGUGGCUUACUGAUAAAGAGGCCGACAAGAACUUGUUGAGAUUCCAGGAAGCCUGUAUCCCCAAUCGUCAGUUAUUUUGGAGCGGCAUGCAUCGUGAAGAAGCCCAGAAAUGGGCCGAUUCUCAUGGUCUACAAACAUUGACAACUGCACUUGGUCCACUGUUGUAUCAUGGUGACCCGAGUCCCCAGACUCAAGCCCCUACGAGAUUCAUUCAUGGCGCCUCUAUUAUUUUCGCAUGGUUUGUCUCUCAAGGCGAUCUAGUGACUGUGCUUUCUCAUCCACCGCCCCAGUUCUUUCACCCUUCUGGGCAAACCUUUUACCAACUCUAUGAAGAGCCUAUUAUCAAGGGCAAGUUGGGGAACAGGCCUGUGACAGUGAUACACACAGCUCACCCGGCCGUCGAGGCAGCCAUCCACUUCAUAUAUCAAAUAUGGCCAUGCGAUAUCUCAUGGUUUUGGACAAAGAUAUUUGGAAUUCCAGAUAUCGAGUUCGACACAACUCCUAUACUGACUUCUCAAAAGCUAAGGCCAAACUUCAGCUCAGCACCAUUGUUAACUUCGAAAAGACCAGAAUCCAAGGAUCCGGCCAACAAGUCAGUGACUGAUACAAAGAACAAGAUAACAAAAGGCGGACAACAGAAGACAAAGAAAAAUAAGAAGAAAGUGUCAGGUACGGUAGCUGACCAAGGGAAGAACCCAAUGCCGAAGAAAUCACUAAAAUCUGGCACUUCUAGCAACAAACAGCAAUUAGUCAAAACGGCGGUGAUAAGUAAGAAACAAAAUGUGGAGACCGGCAUCAAAAAGAAGUCAAAGAAGAAGAAAAGGAAGGAGCAGAAACUGGCUAUAGAACAGGCUCAAGCUCAACCUAACGCAAAGCAGGGCCAGAAGAAGCUCGCGACAAUGGCAAAAGCCAAGGGUAGUAAAACGGGAGCAAAGGUCAAGGCGACAACUAAGUCUGUAAUAAAGAACGGCAAGUGA